AUGCGUUUUGGCCGUCUGUUUGUCCUGUUCGCAAUUGUUGCGCUAUCACUCCUGGAACUCAAUGGGCUCGUGUCCUCGAGGGGAGUAGGAGUCGUGCGUCGACAGGAACAGAAUAGUGUUUCUGCUAGCACUUCUUCCGAGAAUAACGGACCUUCUUCAACAUCUUCCUCUGCCACGUCCUCGAGUACGGGCGAGAAUGAGAUUUCUUCAACAUCUAGCAGUGUGAGGCAGACAGCUUCUGCGACAGCUUCAAAUACACCUGAAGGGACAACUGUUGCGAGUAAUUUUGGUUCUCCAAAUAUAGUAAAUCCUGAAGAUGAAGUCUACAAAGGUGGGCUCCCCAUCAAGCCUAAAGUCACCCCAGGAAUGGCUGUUGCAGGCGUUGCCCUACUGCUCACUGGAGUUCCCUAUUGCCUAAUUGGCAUAAAGAUAAAAUUUCUACAAAUAUUCUUAUCGACGUUUUUCCUAUCUGGACUCGGCGUCACGGUCUUAAUCGUCUACGUUAUGAACCCACCAGUCGUAGACGCAAUUCAGGGCGCAUACGUCACUGCAGUUAUUAUAACAGGGAUCCUAACGGGCGGCCUCGCUGUUGUUUUUCCAGAGGUUACAGAGGCACUGGGUUGUCUUCUUGGUGGUUUCUGUGUUUCCAUGUGGUUUCUUGUGCUCAAGCCGGGUGGGCUUGUAGACUCGAUUUAUGGAAAACUGGUGAUUGUUGCGGUUUUUUGUUUCCUGACAUUCUCGCUAGCGUUUCAUCGGGUUACUAGGCCAUAUGCGUUGAUAUUUUCGCUCUCGUUCUCGGGGGCCACGGCAAUCGUGUUGGGAAUUGAUUGCUUUUCUACGGCUGGGUUGAAAGAGUUUUGGAUAUAUAUCUGGGAUCUCAAUGAUAAUAUAUUCCCUCUUGAGACUAACACCUACCCCCACACACGUGGUAUCCGCGUUGAGAUUGCCGUAAUAAUUCUCAUAACCGCAUUCGGAAUUAUGUCCCAGGUUAAACUCUGGAAAAUCCUCAAAGAGCGCCGUGAAGCUAAAGACGCCGAGAAACGUCAACAAGUAGCCGACCUUGAAGCACUUGAUGAAGAUGUUGGCCGAAGAGUGGAAGAGGGUAAUAGGGAGGAACGUGCCCAAUGGGAAAUGGUUUAUGGCGGAAAAUCCUCAGAGGAAGUCACUGUGAACGAGAGACCGAACACCGGUAAGAUGAGUCGCACAGAUUCUGGAAUUGGAGACGAUGAUCUCAGAAAGAAGAGCGGGGAAGCCAAGAACGGAGAAACAGAGGAGUUCAUAGAGACUGAGGAAAUGAGAAGAGAACGAGAUGAACAUAUGGCAAUGGAGAAUGGAAACCAGUCGACUGAGGUUCCAGGCCAACAAGCCGGACAAGAAGACCAGGAUAGGAUCAUGCCCAUACCGGUAGGCACGGACGAGUCCACCAACGAAGUUGCACACCAUUCCGAGGAAAUCAAAAUGCGUAGGUCGAGUCAAUCUCAGAGAGUCCCACCCCAGCCCGCGUCUCUGGCACCGGAAACACCCACCGACAGGAGAGUUCUCACACCAACACCCGAGGUCAUACCCCUACCAAUCCCGAUACCUAUAGAAGACGAUGAAAAGGAUGAAGACGAUAUCUCUUCACUUGCUACAUGGGCAGGAGAGUCUAAUAGGAGCGAUAUGCAGGAAGGUCAAAUACUUGUAGACAUCAUCACCACACCCAGGUUUCUCAAGCGAGAGCAAGAAGAAGAGGAGGACAGAGCUUCUAGUCUGGCUGCAACUUUAGACGAAGAGGAUGAUGCAAUGGCUUCCCAAGUAGACCUACCUAGUCUCAACGAGGCGGAAGAUGUAGUAUCUCCAUUCUCAGCUGAUGAUGAUACAAGUCCUACCGUCACAUCAGCCAAUUUCGCGACCAAUCUGAAUAGUCUGGAGAUAACCCCAGCAACAACUCCAGAUACGACCCCCAAGAGGGAAGACCCACAGUAUCUUCCGCUUCUUGGGCUGAGGACCUUUGAGGGUGGCAAAGACUCGAUCGUUCAAAAGUUUCCGGUUAACUUGGCACCUGCGUCGUCUCCUAAAGAAGAUGAACCGGAAUCUUCGACAGUUGGUGUUCCCCAACUACCUGCAAAGUGCUCUAGGGUUGUAAAAAACUACCGUACAAAUGAAUGGGCAAAGCAUUUGGGCGACGCCGAAAAGCCAGAUUUGGAUGAGUUAGCAGAGCCAGUUCAGGAUGACACCAAUGAUAUCAAGAUUGAGGUUUCGGCCCCGGUUCAUAUGAGAGAGCUCCAGGAGACAUCUGAUGUUCCAUCUCUGCCAACCUCGAGAGCUCCGUCAAGGAUGUCGUUGGCAGAGCAAUUUGUUCCGACUUUGGAGUCGUCAAAUAGCUUUCCUUCGACAACAACUCCUCCGAUCGUUCGUACUCAACGUUUAUCCUCCACGUCGGAGUUGCCACAGGACGAAAGGUCAUACACAUCUUCUCCUGCUGAGCGCUGUAUCUCGCCUACUGAGCGUUGCAUCUCGCCCGCCGAACGCUGCAUCUCACCAUCAGGUCGACAAACACCUUCGCCGCUACCGCAGCAUACCCUUAUAGGGAAACGAGAGAGUAUGGUCCGUAGUCGCCAAAACUUUACUCCUCUUCCGGAAUACCCGGAGUAUGGCUCUCCCUAUACAGCAGAGAACCAAGAUGGUUUCAGGGUGAAAACACCAGGUCUCAUAAACCAUCCUUUCAUGAACCAGCGUACAUCCACGCCUCAUCCGGCAAUGCUUCCCGCUACCGACAGUGCAAAUUCUCCAAGUCACCAGUACCGGGCUGCCGUUCUCAAUGAUGACAUGUCUCUUAGAGACCGUCGCAAUGAGCUCAUCAAUUCGGGCUCUCAUAAUGUGUUUAAUCAAGGGCGUCGAGCUUUCUCGCCUGUACAAAAGCCAGCGGAUAAGCGUGAAACAAUGCUCCAGACGUGGAGGGAUAAUCUUAAGACCGAUUCGAGCAUCCCCAAUAACACCAUGCGCGUGGCCUCAGGAGAAAGGGGUGAGAUCCCGAGUGAACGUCAACAACGUGUGUUGGCAGUGGCGGCGGAGAGGGUGAAGGAGACUAUCGUUGAUGAUACGACUGAUGAGAGGAUGAGGCAGAAAGAUAUGCUCGAACUCCACAGGGAAGCGAUGAGAAGGAUGCAGGCGGGUGCUAACAAGCACAUCAAAAAAUGA